AUGGCGGCAGUUCAAAACUGGCUGGGUGCAGUGCUGUGGUAUGGUGCGACUGGAUGGCAUGGCAUGAAUGGGGCUGAUGGGACGCGUUCAACGGCAUCUCCGUCCGUGGCUGAGUGCAGGUUGGAACGUACCAGAUGCCACGUAUCAAGAGCAAGGACGCAAACUGUUUCCGGAAUCGUCGAACGGGACCCUGCGAAUCCUGAUUCGUCGUUCGCGACUCAAAAGACGGAUUUUGCUCCGGUUGCCGGAGGAUCGAGUCGCAUGCUGCCUGGUGUCACAUGCGAAGAGCAGUUAGACGAAGAUGACGAUGACUUAACAACCGUCGUUCAUCCAUCUCCCAAGCGUCAGCGGUCUGUAGAGUCGAUUGGCUGUAAAGAGACUAUUGUUACUUCUCCUUGCCCGUCGGAUGCCAGAAACAGCUCCCCUAAAUCGCAACCAGCACGCGAUAUCAAUGAUCCCGGCGUUGUGAACAAGGCAACGGCCGUGUACGAUACGGAAAUAUGGAAUAAUCUUCUUCUGAAGGAACAGCAAGUUCAGUCUUCAUGGGGGUACAUAGGUUUGUCCCAGAAGAACCUCUUACCUGAUCACAGACGCAUCAUGGUCAACUGGCUCGUCGAGUUUGCUGAAGAGUUUGAGCUUCAAUGUGAGACGUUGUCCCUUGGAGUGAGCAUUCUGGACCGUGUCCUGGCUGAAGGGCCUCCAGUUCAAACUGGUGAUCUUCAAUUGCUAGGAACUGCCUGUAUGCUCGUUGCGGUGAAGUUCCAGGAGUCGCAGCCACCAAACAUGGUUCAAUGUUGCUGUCAGGCAGCAGAGGGAAGCUUCACUCAAGAACAGGUGCUGCAGAAAGAGUUUGAUGUGCUGAAGACAAUCAAGUUCGACUGUGCUAUGCCGACCGUCCACACAUUUUUGUGGCAUCAUCUGAAGGCGGUUGAUGCUGAUGCCAAGCUGGAACAGAUGGCCGAUUACAUUGCGUGCUCUUCAUUGUUGGAGUAUGAUCUUCUCAAGUAUCACCCAUCCGCAAUCUCAGCAGCGACCGUUCUGCUUGCUGCAUCAGUUCUGAAAGGCACAUCAUGGGCUUCAAGCAUUCAGUUUUUUGUGGGAUACAAUGCCUCGAGUGUUGGAGACAUCAUCAGGGUUCUCCAGCAGGGUCUAGCUGCGCCUCCUAAACCCACUCUAAAUGCAUUGAAGACGAAGUUUGAAAGAGAGCAACACCUCGAUGUGGCCACGUUACUUCAUGAAAGCAUCGCAAAUAUAUGCCCUAUACGCCCGCCAAAUGGCUGUGGCACAGCCUAG